AUGGACGUAAAACGGUUGCCAGAACUUGAGACGGUGGAGAAAUUACAUCUGUCCAUUGACUGCAAACAAAAGGCGGUCAGAGCUGUUCGGUUCAAUUCUGAUGGUGAAUAUUGCCUAACAUGUGGAUCUGACAGAACAAUAAAACUCUGGAACCCCCACAAAAAUAUCGCCCUGAAAACUUAUGUCGGCCAUGGCAAUGAAGUUCUCGAUGCCCAGAGCACGUGUGAUAAUGCACAGAUCUGUUCUGGGGGUCUUGACAAGUCUGUAAUACUGUGGGAUGUGGCCACAGGAAAGAUGUUGAGAAAGUUUAGAGGGCAUGCUGCAAAAGUUGAUUGUGUCAGUUUCAAUGAGGAUGGUGCUGUCAUAAUGUCAGGCUCUCUUGAUGGCUCUGUACAGAUCUGGGACACCAAAAGUAGAAAGCUUGAACCCAUACAAACAUUGGAUGAAUCAAAAGAUGGCAUUUCCUCAAUACUUGGUACAGAUCAUGAGAUCUUCACUGCCUCCACAGACAAACAUUUGAGGAGAUAUGACCUCAGGUGUGGCCAGAUGACCUCUGACUUUCUAGGAGCCCCAGUGAUGUGUGUAAGUCUGACAAUGGAUGGCCAGUGCAUAUUAACAAAUACAUCAGAUAGUACUCUGAGGUUACUUGAUAAGAAGUCGGGAGAACUUUUAAACGAGUACAAAGGCCACACAAGCGUCGGCUACAAAAUCGACAGUGCAGUCAGUAGUGAUGACAAGCAGGUCCUAACUGGUUCAGAAGAUGGUUUGAUAUAUAUCUGGGAUCUUAUUAAGACCGACGUGAUAGGUCGAUUGGAUCACGGUAAAGGAAAAACGUUAGUUCAUUCCUUAAGUUACCAUCCUACAAAACCAAUCCUGCUGACUGCUUGUGGUUCUGACAUCUUCCUAUGGAAAACAAGACAUGCUGCUAUUUCUUAA